GAGAGGAAAGAAGAGAGACGGAACAAGAGAGAGAGAGAGGGAGACAUUUGAGAGAGAGCAGUCAAAGCAAGCAGGAGCAAAUCUAGUUUUGUCUUUUUGCUUUCACAUCAAAUAAUCCAUCUAUUUUAUCUCUCUGAGAUGUCAUCUCUUUUAAAAGAAGAGAUGCAGAGAGUUUUAUUCAGACCAGAGAAACGCACACUGGUGGAGUUUAUAGAGAUUGAGGAGGAAAAAAGGGGACGGCAUUUCCUCUGCGUGUCCGUAUCUAAAAAUAAAGAGGUCCAGAUCGCAGUGGUGCAGUGCCAGAAAGCUCGGCCUGCUGACUGUAAAUCCCAGCGUAUUGGCCUGGAGGACAGUUAUGUGAAAACGGAGGUGUGGGCUCUUCAGGAACUGAGGAUUCUGGAUGGGAGAGACCCUGACAUAGAUGACCCUUGUUUCCUGAUGCACUUUGACACAGUGCGUCCUGUGAAAGCAGUGAGCUGUGCUGCAAAGUACUCCCUGGCUCGCUGCCUGGUGUCCCUCAGCGACACACAUCAGCACACUGAGCUACGCCUUCGGAACUUUGACUGGACAUACGUUCAGCCAACGUCCAUAUACUCAAACAGAGGAGACUGCAUGGUCCUGAUGCGAAUUUGCUUCUAUGCCUUCAACCUAGUGUGUCUUUCCUUGUGCCCUGUGCCUUAA